AUGCAGCACUCAAAAUCAGAAGUUCAAUCUUCAUUAGCAACCGGCAAGCGGACUACAACUAACCCACUUGCCGAUGUUCUUCCAUCAAAUUCACGGAAACGUCCAGCCCCUUCUCAAUCGCCGGAUAGUCCAAUAGAAUAUGAAUCUCCGGGAAGUACUACACUUCCCGCUCCACCGCUACUAAGACCAGUGGCUCCUAGAUCUCCAACAAGGGGGGGUAAUCGAAGUGUGCCGGCUUUUUUGAAUAAACUUUAUAACAUGGUUAAUGAUCCUCAGUCAAACGAUUUGAUCACUUGGUCUGAGGCCGGUAACUCUUUCCUUGUGAAGAGACCUCAAGACUUUGCAAAAGAAGUUCUUCCUCGAUUCUUCAAACAUAACAAUUUUAGCAGUUUUGUGAGACAGUUGAAUAUGUAUGGGUUUCAUAAAAUACCACAUCUUCAACAGGGUGUGCUCCAAUCUGACGGACAGUCUGAACAAUGGGAAUUCAGCAAUACGAAUUUCAUUCGUAAUCAACCGGAUCUCUUAUAUUAUGUUACUCGUAAGAAAGGGAAGGAUACUGAAAAUAUUAAAGAGCCAAAUGAAGUUGAUAUAAAUCAUAUAUUGAAUGAAAUUGCUUCCGUUAAGAAACAUCAAAUGACUAUAAGUGCAGAUUUAAAGAAUAUUCAGAGGGAUAAUCAAAUUUUAUGGCAGGAGACUAUGUCAGCGCGUGAUAGACAUCGGCGUCAACAAGAAACUAUUGAUAAAAUCUUGCGAUUCCUUGCUUCAGUGUUUUCUGCUGAUAAAAAGAGAGCCAUUGUACCAAAGAAACGUAGAUUAUUACUUGGUAAUUCUGAUACGGAUUAUGGUAAUCAAGAUGUUGUAGGAUCAUCAGAACAAAGAAAUCUUUGGACCGCUGGUAAUGAUGGGCAAACAACCGCUUCUCCUAACUCUUCUCCUAAUGAAGCCGAUGCAUCAUGUUUGGUAUUAGAUAUUAAUAAUCCUGCGGCUUUAUCACUUUUAGCUUCUUUAGCGAUCAAUGAUCCAUCAUCUACAAAUAUGUCACAGUUUGAUAUUUUUAAUUCUUUACCAUCAUUGUCUUCUGAUGGAAUUAAUACCGAUUUCUUAAAUUCAGCUACGACCCAAUUUUCUAAUUUGCUUCAAUCUGACCAAAUUUUGAAUCAAAUAUCACAAAGUGACCCUUCAUCGCUCCCACCACCAUCAACUUCCAUUCCUAAUAAUACACUCGCUAAUACAUCAAUAACAUCAGAUUCCAUCAAAAAUGCCCCUGUCCCAAGUGGUUUGACUUCCAACACAACAAUUAACACAUCUGUUCCUACAUCCACUUCUUCAAAUCAUAAUUCAAGCACUUCGAAUUCUCAAUAUAAAUUAUCUACAACUACAAGUUCAAUCCAUCAAACUGAACCUAAUACAUCACCUACACCUUCAAAUUUAAUCAAUCGAAGAGAUAAUAUUCAACCAAAUAAUGGAAGUAUCAGUGAACUUGAAACUCGUAUCAGUGCAGUCGAAUCAAACGUCGACUAUCUGACUUCCUUAACUUCUCAAUUAGGAUUUGAUCCUGAACAUGAAGAGAUUGCUUUAGAAGGAGUUGCUCCUACUGAGAAUGAUUUUUUGACAUAUUAUGGUGCGAAUUUUAAUCCUACGGAAAAUGAACAUCAGAUGUUAUAUAAUCUCAUGGGAAGCACCCAUGGUGUCGAUUCAUCUUCGUCCUCUCAUGUUUCAAAUCAAUAUUUAUUAUCUGAAAAUAAAAUUUCUUCUAAUAAUGUUAAUACUAGCACACCUUCAACAACUGGAACAACCAAAGCAGUCUCUACCGCAUCCGCAUUAGAAUCAACUACCACGAUGACACAGUAUGUCCCGCCUAUUCAAUUUCCCCAACAAUAUCUUCAACAAAGGACAUAUUUAGAUGAUCAAGUUGACGAGUUUGCUGAUCGAGCUUCAAAGAGAAUGAAAGUUACUGUGGAAGGAAAAGAUGAAGAAAACGAAUUAAUCAUUGAUGAUUUACUAGCUAAUUUAGAUGAUAAUGAUAAUCCUUUAUUGGAGUUCCAUGAGUAA